UUGUUUUCAAUAACAAAAAUCAGCUGUUAUGUGUACAAUUACUAGCCACGUUUGUUUAUUUUUACGCUAUUUAAACAAUUAAUGAAUUUAUCAAUUAAAUUAUUUAAUUCCCUAAAUCUACAACUAAAAACUAAACGUUUUUUAAACAUUGGAAUUUCAAUGGCCUGUAGUCGAUAUGAAUAUGUCAAGGAUUAUGAACGGGAUGAUAGUAUACUACCAAAUGUGUGGAUUGUGAUUCGUGUUGAUGGAAAGGGAUUUCAUAAAUUCUCCAAAGUACAUGAUUUUGAAAAGCCCAAUGAUGAAAAAGCCUUGAAUCUUAUGAACAAUGCCGCUCAGACUGUGAUGGAAGAAUUUCGCGAUAUAAUAUUAUCUUACGGACAAAGCGAUGAGUAUUCAUUUGUGUUUCGCAAAGAAACUAAUGUCUUCAAUAGGCGAUCCUCUAAAUUGCUGUCAUAUGUGACGAGCUUGUUCACCUCCUCAUAUGUCAUGAACUGGCCCAAUUGGAUGGGUGAUAUGAAAUUACAAUAUCCACCAUGUUUCGAUGGACGAGUUGUCUUAUAUCCUUCAGAUCAAAAUCUUCGCGAUUAUUUGAGUUGGCGUCAAGCCGAUGUUCAUAUAAACAAUCUAUACAAUACAGCAUUUUGGAAUCUAGUGUUAAAAGCCGGUUUAACAAAUCAACAAGCAGAAGCGGAAUUAAGGGGAACUUUUUCAGCAGAUAAAAACGAAUUGCUGUUUUCACGAUUUGGCAUAAACUAUAACGACCUACCUGCCAUGUUCCGAAAGGGUACAAUAUUAUUAAGGAAAAAGGUAGUAGUGAACAAAGACAAUGCUAAAAGGCAAUUAAUUGUACCUAUUCACGAAGAUUUAAUACGUGAAAAGUUUUGGAAAACUCACAGUGAGCUGUUAGGAAAAUAUAAACCAGGUGAAUAUGACAAUGACGAAAGACCCAAUGGCGACAAAUUGCCUGAACUAAUCUCACGACAAAUAGCAAAUAUAAAAUUGGAUGAUAAAGAAAGCUAGUAUCUAAAACUUAUGUAAAACCAAAUAAAAAAUAACUUUAUUAAAGUCGAA